GCGGCCGGCCGGGGCGGGCGGCCGGGCUCAGCAUGGAGGACGGCUUCGCGGGCUUCGGCAGCCUGUACGACACGGCCUCGCUGCUCCAGUUCUGCAACGAUGACAGCGCCUCCGCGGCCAGCAGCAUGGAGGUGACAGACCGCAUCGCCUCUCUGGAGCAGCGAGUGCAGAUGCAGGAGGAUGACAUCCAGCUGCUCAAGUCGGCCCUGGCAGACGUGGUGCGGCGGCUGAACAUCACGGAGGAGCAGCAGGCCGUACUGAGCAGGAAGGGACCGACCAAAGCAAGACCUCUGGUCCAGACCUUACCUUUAAGAACCACCAUCAACAAUGGCACCGUGUUACCAAAGAAACCCAGCGGCUCUCUCCCAUCCCCCUCCGGGGCCAAAACCACCGUGCCAGCAGCAACCAAAAGCACCAUCAAGAGGACCAGCUCUUCAGAACGCGUCUCCCCUGGCGCCCGGAGGGAGAGCUACGGGGACUCCAGAGGAAACCGCAACCGCACGGGCUCCACCAGCAGCUCCUCCAGCGGCAAGAAGAACAGUGAGAGCAAACCCAAGGAGCCCAUCUUCAGUGCAGAAGAAGGUUACGUAAAAAUGUUUCUCCGCGGACGCCCCGUCACCAUGUACAUGCCCAAAGAGCAAGUGGAUUCCUACAGCCUGGAAGCAAAAGUGGAGCUUCCGACCAGGAGACUGAAGCUGGAGUGGGUCUAUGGGUACCGGGGCCGAGACUGCCGCAACAACCUGUACCUGCUCCCGACAGGGGAGACGGUGUACUUCAUCGCGUCCGUGGUGGUCCUGUACAACGUGGAGGAGCAGCUGCAGCGACACUACACUGGCCACAACGACGACGUCAAGUGCCUAGCGGUUCAUCCCGAUAGGAUCACAAUAGCAACAGGACAAGUCGCAGGCACGUCUAAGGAUGGAAAACAAUUGCCCCCACACGUCCGCAUCUGGGAUUCUGUCACCUUGAAUACACUGCAUGUCAUCGGAACCGGUUUUUUUGACCGAGCUGUCACCUGCAUCGCGUUCUCAAAAUCUAACGGAGGAAGCCAUCUCUGCGCGGUAGAUGACUCCAAUGACCACGUGCUGUCCGUGUGGGACUGGCAGAAAGAGGAGAGACUGGCAGAUGUAAAGUGCUCGAACGAAGCUGUGUUCGCUGCGGAUUUCCACCCCACAGACACCAACAUCAUAGUCACCUGUGGAAAGUCACACCUCUACUUUUGGACACUAGAAGGAAACUCCCUCAUUAAGAAGCAAGGGUUAUUUGAGAAGCAAGAGAAGCCAAAGUUUGUCCUGUGCGUGACGUUUUCAGAAAAUGGUGACACCAUCACUGGAGAUUCAAGUGGCAACAUCUUGGUGUGGGGAAAAGGUACGAACCGAAUAAACUAUGCCAUCCAGGGAGCCCACGAGGGGGGAAUUUUUGCACUUUGUAUGUUACGGGACGGCACCCUGGUGUCAGGAGGAGGGAAGGACCGGAAGCUCAUUUCGUGGAACGGAAACUAUCAAAAACUUCAUAAAACUGAGAUUCCAGAACAGUUUGGUCCCAUCCGGACGGUGGCUGAGGGCAAAGGUGACGUGAUCUUGAUAGGCACCACCAGGAACUCUGUUCUGCAGGGCACGCUGUCAGGGGACUUUGCUCCUAUUACUCAGGGUCACACUGAUGAGCUCUGGGGACUGGCCAUCCACGCCUCAAAACCUCAGUUCCUGACCUGUGGGCAUGACAGGCACGCCACUCUCUGGGACGCAGCUGGGCACCGGCCCGUCUGGGACAAAGUGAUAGAGGAUCCAGCUCAGUCUUCUGGUUUUCAUCCUUCAGGGUCUGUGGUUGCAGUCGGAACACUGACUGGGAGGUGGUUCGUGUUUGACACCGAAACGACAGACCUGGUGACCGUGCACACGGACGGCAACGAGCAGCUCUCGGUGAUGCGCUACUCUCCAGAUGGGAAUUUCUUGGCGAUUGGCUCCCACGACAACUGCAUCUAUAUCUAUGCAGUCAGUGACAACGGCAGGAAGUACGCGCGGGUUGGCAAGUGCUCGGGUCAUUCCAGCUUCAUUACUCACCUGGACUGGUCUGUAAACUCACAAUUCCUCGUGUCAAAUUCCGGAGACUAUGAAAUCCUUUACUGGGUCCCCUCAGCGUGUAAGCAAGUCGUAAGUGUGGAAACCACAAGAGACAUUGAGUGGGCCACGUACACCUGCACUUUGGGAUUCCACGUCUUUGGAGUGUGGCCGGAAGGCUCAGAUGGAACCGAUAUCAACGCUGUCUGUCGGGCCCAAGAGAAAAAACUCCUGUCGACAGGGGACGACUUUGGCAAAGUGCACCUCUUCUCUUAUCCCUGCUCGCAGUUCCGGGCUCCCAGCCACGUCUACAGUGGGCACAGCAGUCACGUCACCAGUGUCGACUUCCUCUGUGACGACAGCCACCUCAUCUCCACGGGCGGCAAAGACACGAGCAUCAUGCAGUGGCGGGUCAUCUAGUCCUGGGCAAGAACCUGGAGCAGAACAGGCUGAGGACGGCCCGGCUGCUGGCCCCUCGCUGUCACUGUGAUUUCUGUCUUGUUCUUACAAACCUCAGGAAAACUCUGCCCCUACCGCUUACCUUAGCUUGGUGCAUCCCGAGCAGCCCAGCAGGGGGGCCCGGCAGGGUUCCCUCUGGGGUGGUGGGGGGGGAGAUCCAUGACACACAUUUCAUAGAAAAAAGACGCCAAGGUUUACAUUACAGCGACAUCAACAAGAGUCACUGGUAUGUCCUUAGUAACUUUUCUACGAACCCUUCAAAAAUGGUCACAGGAUGCCUUUCAAAUACUGCGGCAGGCUCUGCUGUUUCUCGUCCCGCUGGCCGCGGCGGGUGUCCCUGGGGUGUCCCUGACAGCGAGGAGUACCGAGCUGUGGUCGCGGGGUGCCCGGCCCAAGAGGACAGGUGGGGGGGGGGGGCGGCUGACCAGCCUCCCAGGUGGGCUUGAGUGUGAGCUCGAUGCGUUCCCCUUGCACCUCCCUCUGGGCUGGAGGGAGGAAACCGAUGUAUCCUCUUGGGUUAAGCCGAUUAGUCUCCUCAUUGUUUGAAGAAUUGCAGCAGUAUAGACAGGCCCUUCGGUGCUUCAGCUGGACAGGACCCCGCUCUGGGCGGCCAGGCCUCCCCUGCACGAGCUGCGCCCUGAGGUGGAGACGCAGCCACCUCCUCUGUACAGGAAUUGGCAUGAGACCGUGUUGUACUUGUCUAGGACGUUAGCAACUCAUAAUAAACACGUCAGGCUAGGCUUUGCUCUUUUAUGCUCUUGGACACUAUAAUUUUGUAUUUUAAGACCAAGUAGACCAAGUCAAAAGAUCUCUCUUAAGUGUACCGUGCACCUGCGGCCGGAGGUGCGGAGGCCCGGGGCGCGCCCACAGGCGGGGCGGAUUGAAGUGUUUACAUUGGGGGAUGUGUCUCAGACCUGCAAGUAGAAGCGUGAUGGAUGGACUUAAAAACAAAAAUGAAGAUUUACUUGUUCCAGGCACGUCACCGCCUCAGGCAACCUGGCCGCACGCACUGGCCGGCCCCAAGGACUGGCCCACCGAAGGGUCCCCGCGGAGGGCCGGACUCCAGCCCAUAGUGUGUAUUAAAGACGGAUCUGUUUGUAUGUAUCCUUAUCAAAUAUAUUCUAUAAUGAAAUGAAGUCUCAAAAGUGGAUUUCUUAUUGACCUAUACUCAUGAAAGUAUAUGAAUUAAAAUAUUUAAAAUUAGAUACGAUUCACACUAGAU